GCGCUAUCUGGCGCUUGUGUCAUCAACUAGUUGCCAGCCGGCUGGUUCAUAUAGUUGUUUACCGCAUAUUUUGAUCUUAUUCCAUGUUUUGCUGUAUCUCCUGUUGUCAUGAUUGAUUAGCAGCAUACAUUUGAUCACAGGUCUUUUUGGAACGCUAUGAGUUUACGCUAAAAGCUAGAAGAGUCAAUGACAUUUCGGUAAAGGAAUUACAAGCAGUCUCGAACCGGUACCCAGGGAUUAUAACCUUUAAAAUGUCUUCCUCUGAAGACGUUCUUCUACAGGUCAAUGAAGUCAGAUACAAAAAGGGCGAUGGCACUUUAUAUGCUAUGAAUGAACGUCUGGCUUGGAUAUUGGAGGGUAAAGACACAGUGUCUGUAAGUCACCGAUAUGCUGAUAUAAAAACUCAGAAAAUAUCACCUGUUGGGAAACCAAAGAUACAACUCCAGGUGGUUUUAAAUGAUGGAACCACUUCUACCUUCCACUUUGUGAACAAAUUAGGUCCUGAGGCUCAGAUAAAAGACAGAGAUGUAGUCAAAGAAUUGUUGCAACAGCAGUUGCCUAGAUAUCAAGCUCCAGCUAGGCCUAUUAAUAAGGAACUAGAAGAAAAAAACAGAUUAUUGUCUCAAAACCCAUCUCUUCUUCAACUUUAUAAAGACUUGGUAAUAACCCAAGUAAUAACAGCAGAUGAGUUUUGGGUGAAACACGCUACAAAAUUUAUGCAAAAGCAGAAAGCACAGGCACAGGAAAUUGGUGUCUCGGGAGCAUUUUUAGCUGAUAUUAAACCACAAACUGAUGGUUGCAAUGGACUGAAAUACAAUUUGACUCCUGACAUUAUUGAAUCUAUAUUUAAAACUUACCCUGCUGUUAGAACUAAAUAUAUGGAACAUGUCCCAAUUAAACUGAGUGAAACAGAGUUUUGGACCAAAUUUUUCCAGUCUCACUAUUUUCACAGAGAUCGUAUCAAUGCUGGAACUAAAGAUCUGUUCACAGAAUGUGCCAAACUAGAUGACCAAGAACUGAAGCAGGAUAUUAACUCAGGAAUUAGUGAUCCACUAGUGGAUAUUACUGGUUUUGAAGACACCUCACUAGCUGAGGGUUAUGGAAUAACUCCAGAUAAACCUUCAUCAUCAGGAGGAAAUAUUGUUCACCAGAGUAUGAUAAAGCGAUUCAAUCAGCAUUCCAUUAUGGUUUUGAAAGCUUGUCAGGAGAAAGAACCAACGCAAUCAAACGGUGAUGGUCUGCAGAGCAACUCUGGCUCCACAACUUCAUCUGACACAUCUCUUAAACCACCGGAAGAAAAGAGAAUGAGGUUGAUUGAAAAAGUUACAUAUGAAGAUCUGGAUUCCACAUCAACUGUUCAGUCAGCUCCUCCACUGAGACUCAACUUUGGUCAGGUGGAGGGUUAUCUGCAAGGGUCUACACCUCAAUCCGCAUACUCCACUGAAGCAUAUCAUAGUUCACAAGCGGAUCCCAAACUCCGCAGGGAUGAAUUUAGGAAAGAGCUCUCUCUUUGGUAUACUAGCCAUGGUGGACAGAGCACUUUGGUACGUCCUGCUGCUGCAGUCAGUGCACUAGGAGAACUCACUCCAGGUGGGGAGCUCAUGAAAGGCUUCAUUGCUGAAUCUCAAGCCCAACUGGUACCCUCAGAUCUCCAGCUUGAGCUCCGAAAUCUUUACAUAAGUAUGUGUGAGUUACUGAGGCACUUCUAUGCCUGCUUUCCUCCUACAAAUCCUCAACUGGAAGAAAAGGUUGUGAAAAUGUAUGAAGCAAUCAACCGAUUUCAUGCCACCAGGCUCACUCCUUUUGAGGAUAGGGUAAGGGCAGAAUUUUCCCCAAUCCGCCAUCACCUUACUAGUCACCUUCAUCAGCUUAUUGCUGCAGCAUACAGAAGGUUUGAUACUUGGAAGAUGCGGCAAAAGACUGGUAGACCUUUAAGCUUAAAUAAAAUGUAAACAUUGUUGAAAUCAUAUUCCAAACUUCUAUUCCAUCCAGUGUCAUCUUGAUUACAAAUAAAUAAAAUCAUUUCAUGAAGAAAAAAAUGUA